CUUUCUUCUCCGCGCCUCCAUGAAUGAACCCUAAAAUUUCAGAUCUUCAUUGUUCUCCUUACAGCCAUGGCCGACUCCCUGGCUAAGCGACGCCUUUCGAUCUUUUACAAAUCAACAACUUAUCCUUAUCCACUCAUAUCUAUUUCUCGUCCUAGUUCUCGUCCUUGUUACGAGAUAGUUUUCUGUAUGUCUUUUUGGCAAGGUAAGGACUUGGACGAAGAAUUAACAGAUUGGUAUUCCGUUAAACUUUAUGCCCAAUCUCCAGGGGAGAUAACAAAUAUUUCUCCGUUUUGGAAAGGGUAUGCUCCAAAACGGUCCAGCGUUGAAGCCGUAGGCCAAUCGAUAUACUAUUUUGGUGGCUACCGUCGUUCUGAUUCUACUCGAUCACGCGAUGUCUAUAGUCUUUGCAUUAAGACGCGAAAUCGAAAUCAGUUGUCUGCGAUGCCUUCCAUGAUAGUCCCAAGAAUUGAACCUCACACUUUCGUGCUUGAUGACAAGAUAUAUGUUCUCUCCGGUCAUCAGGAUCAUCUGGGUGCGCCUGAAAUUGAAGCCUAUGAUCCCAAAACUGGAGAGUCCAAGGCCUUGCCUCAUCUUCCAUCUCCUCUGGGAUAUAGCUUUAUUUGUGCAGCUCUUGAGAAUCCAAGCAGGAUUAUCGUUGCUUCUCCAACAGAAAAGGAGGAGGAGGAGACAGCAGUGUUUUAUCAAUAUGACUUGCUGAAAGAGUGUUGGAUCUCGCUUCAGGAACGCAGGUUACACUUUUUGUGUCCUCUGGGAGAUCUCCCAGAAGGUGGAAAUGCUGUCACGGCAGGAAAUAGUCUCUACUGGGUAACUAGUGACAAGACAAAGCUGCUGGCCUACGUGGUAGAUGACAACUUGUGGCUGUUAGGGUCUCUACAAGGUCUUGGGAUUUCUUUUGUUGAAGAAGUUGGCUAUGAUGGGCCCAAUCCUUUUAGUUUUAUCCAUUUGGAGAACGAGAGAUUCUGCUUAAUUGGUAGUGAUUCGAAUUCGGAGGUUCUGUGUUUCAUUAUUGAGGUUUAUCACAGGAAUUUGGAUGUUGAUCGGAAUCCCAUUGACAAGAAACUGGAUUGUUAUCGGAAACCUGGUGACAAGAGAUUGGAAAUUUCAGUAGUGUCCAUGCAUACAUAUAAGACGAAGUGGACCUCUCACGUAAGAGGUUGCAUUUUACUGGGUAAGUACGUAGAUUCAGAGAAAAAGUCAAGCAAGAAGGAAGGUAUUCCCCAUUUCAUGUUCUUAUGCAAGCACUUUAUAUCAUGACAUUGUCCAAUGCUCUCAGAGGAAUAUGUUUUUAUUUUUUCCUUCUUCUUUUCAUGAGGACCCUGAAUAUUUAUUGUGGCUCCUGUUGUAUAAUUCCAUUUUAGAACAUUAUUAUCUACAAUAUCCUGAAUAAUAUGUCUGCUUGAUAUACAUUUUUGGCAAUGUCUGCACCCAUGGCCAUUCUUCUAUAAGUGAUGAACAGAAGUAGGUAAUGGUCAUAAAAUACACAUUUCCAAUGCCUAGAAAUCCAAUUAAGUAUGUGUUCCUUUUUACCUUGUUAAAGAUUUUCUAUUUUCCCCCGUUGCUUCUAUUUUUGUCAUUUUGUGUAAAAUAAUUUUCUCUGGUUAACAGCUUUUUCAUUUUCAUUUACUCAUUAAUCCUUCUUUUUUUUUUCGAUAUUUUUCUUCGCUAAAGCGAUAGGAUUUAUUAUUCAUUUUAACCCCUAGGGGUUGGCCCAAGUGGUGAAGGCCUUGGUCUUGAGGUUUGCUCCCUUCAAGGUCCAAGGUUCAACACCUCAUGGGUGCAAACAAUUUUUUGGGGUCAUCCCCUGGUGAAAACCCAGCGACUUAACUAGUUCUGUGUAGGGAAACUUCCUACGAUGCGGUGCACGAAACUGGGGUUUACUUAGCAGAGAUGGGUCCGAAGGGCCCUGCCUUGGAGAUGUUCCCCGACAUAAAAAAAUAUUAACUAAAUAAAUAAAUAAGAGAUUUAUUAUUCAUUUUAUUUUUUUCUGUUC